AUGGAGCCCGCCCGGGAGCCCCCCUCGCGCGCCCGGCCCCCGCCGCCGCCCGCCGCGCGCCCCGCACCCGCGCCCAGGCCGCGCUCGCCCGCCGAGGCCGAGGCCCGCGCUCCCGAGGGGCUCCUGCGGAGAUCCGGCUCGGGCUACGAGGGCAGCACCAGCUGGAAGGCGGCCUUGGAGGACACCACCACCCGGCUGCUGCUGGGGGCCAUCGCGGUCCUUCUGUUUGCCAUCUUGGUGGUGAUGAGCAUCUUGGCUUCCAAGGGCUGCAUCAAGUGCGAAACCCCCUGCCCGGAGGACUGGCUGCUGUACGGCAGGAAGUGCUAUUUCUUCUCCGAGGAGCCCAGGGACUGGAACACAGGCAGACAGUACUGCCACACCCACGAGGCCUCGCUGGCCGUUAUCCAGAGCCAAAAGGAGCUGGAAUUUAUGUUCAAAUUCACCCGGAGGGAGCCCUGGAUUGGCCUGCGCAGAGUCGGGGACGAAUUCCACUGGGUGAACGGGGAUCCAUUUGACCCAGACACAUUCACCAUCUCUGGCCUGGGGGAGUGUGUUUUCGUGGAGCCCACCAGGUUAGUGUCAACGGAGUGUCUGAUGACCCGGCCCUGGGUGUGCAGCAAGAUGGCCUACUCGUGAAGUGGAUCUCAUCAACAGCAGCCCUCCACCCAGGCCUGAGGGUGGUGUCCGCGCCACGAUCUGCCUCCAGCAGGAGCCCUCCCUCACCAAGUAGAAGUAGUGGGAAGGGAAGGCUCUGCCCCUGUCCCCUCUCUUGGGCUCCUGAGCUCUGAGGCCCUGGUUCCUGGUCCUUAGGUAGGUCCUGUGGCUCAACAGUUAAAUCUCAUAUGCUAAGUAGCCUAGCCAUCCUUCCCUCAUUCACACACACACACACACACACACACACACACACACACACACCUGUCAACAGUUCACCCUUAGCCACACCACACGCCCUCCCUGGCUCUGCCUGCAAUGUUUCUUUCUCGCCGCAGCCCCGGUGCUUGGGCCAGGUCGGGGGCGACGUGGGGUGUGUGACUUUUUGGAACAACAGUCCCCCACCCCCAGUGGUUUCUCUCAGGUUGCUGGGGGAGGCUUGCCCGACCCCUUAGACAGUUUUGCCCAGGGGUAGAGGCCCCUAUGUCCGCACUCCCUGCCUUCCCAGGGUCCUUAGGCAGGGCCCUUGCUGUGCCGUGGUGCUGUCUAUUGGCCACUAAUGGAAUAAAGAGAUGACUGGCA